AAUUUGCUUGUGUCAGCAAAAUUCAAAUUUCAACCGAAAAUCACACAUCUCUCUUUGUUUAUAAUUUGACAUUUCUCGCCGACGUUCAUUUUGCUUGUUACUUCAAAUGUGUACGGUGCAUUGUGUUGAUUAGUUUCAAUCGUAACAUUUCAGAAGGAGUUGUUUUGUAAAUCAGAACACAAUAUAUUCUGAUGGUGAAAUGAAAAUUGUGCUUCAAACCAAGAGUGCUGUUAUGCUAUUUUACAAAUAAUAUUUUCAUACGGUGAUUUACAUUUCGAUUUUGAUCAUCGGCCAUUUUUAAUAAACGUUUACUUUUGUCGAUUCAACAAUAAUUCCCUAUAAAUUCGGGUGCAUUUUUGAGGUGAUUCCACAGUUUAGUAAAGAAUUUCACAGCACCUUGUGUUCCAAUUGUCGACCAUUGCAUCGUGAAUACAACAUUUUCGAACGCGCUUUUUGUCAUUUUGCAGUGAAUGUGACAGUGUUGUUGAUUUAAUUUUCAUUAAAAUGAAGAGGAGACGUGCAAAAAUAAAUUCAGCCUUUAAGAAAAAUACGGCAAAAUUGAACGACAAUGAAGAGUUGCGAUCGAUAAAACUGUCAGCGCCUUCGGUAUUCAAGUCUGAAUAUUCGGAAGCGCUAACAGAGCAUUUUUUCCAUAAAUGCUACAAUGGUACAGUAAUAUGCUACCUAGGUUCGACAUUGUUUUUAUAUGUUGUCAACCUUGCAGCAGAUAACGAUGAUCGGCAAUAUUUCAUUGACAGUGAUGGAAAAAAUGUUAUACGUGAGUGUUUCGCCGCCGUAUCACGAGAAAAUUUGGAAAAUCCAAAACAACCGAAAAUACCACGUGGAUUCCUUGAAAUGAUUGCCGAUGAUCAAUUUGAAUGGCCAAGUAGGUACCAAAUGGGCAACGCAUUUGAAUACUUGAAUCAACAAUAUUUGUCAAAUGUUACGACAAAUUUGACAACGCAUUUAGAUAAUAUAUUGGAGAACUUCUUGCAAAUGAUUCGCUAUAAAUUGAACGAAGACCCUAAUCGGCUCAUAAAAUUUGAUGGCAUUGACAUAAGAAAUGCAAAGAACAAUCUUAUGUUCAAUCAAGAUUGUACCGGAGGCGAUCAACACCGAACGAACAAAAUGAAUGAGUUGUAUGAACAAGUCGCCGUACGCUGUUUACCAUCAUUUCGCGAACGUUUGUCAAUGAUUGAAUACAUCGAGAAAAAGUGGUUUGAAUCGUUGUGGUUUUUCAUCUUCAUUCAACGUGAAAUAAGUAUAUUUUUGGAAGAGCAUCACGAUCUUGUGCAAUUAUGGCUACGACACCAACGCCAUCCGCUUUUUUAUUGCAAACCUUCCAAGCCAUUGCCACCAAAAAUAAGAAAUUUCACCGUCAUACCGAUAUGUGACUCGAAGUUGAAACACAUUAAAUUCGAUCAAGAUGAUUUGAUGAGCCUGCUGGCCCAAUGGAAAGUUGUGCCGAAGAUAUUUAACAAUGAUCAUGGAGGGCAUAAUAUGUAUAGCCGUAACUAUUACAAGGAGAACGAAGAUGAAGCAUGGGCCAUUUUGUUCAACAUGGACAAAAUCAACGAGAUCAAGAAACCGAACCAACAGUUUCAUCAUAUGAUAGUCUGCGAUAGCGUUUCCGCGUCGGUAUUGUACAGAACACCAAAGCCUGAGAUCGAGAAUACGGAGCUGCAUCGACAAAGAAUCAAGCAAAAACUCGAAAACAAUGAGUAUAAAUACAUCGUCGCAAUUGAUCCCGGUAUGAAAACAUACUUAGCCGGAAUUCGUCGGAAUAUUGAAGAUCGCACUGAGGAAAAUUUCAAGAUAUCUUCGAAGUCAUAUCAUUGGGGUGCCGGACAAAAAGUCAGAGACAAAAUGGGAAAGCGUAUGACUGCCAGAUUCACGCAACGAGAGCAAUUGGACCGUGAAAGCUAUCCAUCGAUACCAUCACCGCGAGGAAUCCGAUGGAGAAAUUACGUCAGGCAUCGAUUAACCAUGGUGAAAGAUGCAGUGGCUGCAUAUGCUCGGCGACGUUAUGCACGACUUUCGUUUGACAAAUACAUCGGGUCACAAGGUGAGAAAGAUUGGCUGGCGAAAGUAAUAACAAAGAAUGAGCCAUCGCUUAUAAACAUCGGAGCAGUGGAUAUGGCACCCAAUUCACCAAUUGGCAUAAAAAAGGGAAAACGAUGCCCAGGUACACGGCAUCUUCAAUGCAGCGUUAAAAAACUUGGCCAUUCAGAUGUACACAAAGUGAAUGAAGAUUUCACAUCUCAACACUGUGCGAAUUGCCAGAAGAAAUUCCCGAUUCAAACACAAAAAUAUCGAUUCAAAGUGUGCCGUAACUGUACUCGCGAUGCACCAAUACCACAAGAAAUAGAACCGUAUAUCUCACUACCACGGCUAAUUGUGACGAAGAAGAGUCAACGACGCAAAAAGAAAGAUAGCUGCGUGAAGAAAUUGAUCGCAAGAGGCAUCAUGGAUCCAGCAAAUCAACCAGCAGAAUUUCAACCAGGGCGAUUAGAGUCAAAGAAAAUGUACUUUCUGAAAAACUGGCUACUAAACCCUGUGAAUGCAAUUCAAAUGGGAGGCGACGCUGAUAAAUAUCCGGAACAACAACAACAACAGCAACAUCAAAAACGAUUUGAUUAAGCAGCGUCGAAAUCAAAAAGAAAAAAUAUAAUAACUCUGGUAGUUAGUAGCAAAGCUUGUAUUUUGUGGCUUUGGUGAUUGUGUAUAGUACACAUUGUCUAAAUGUGUAAUUGUACACAGUUCAGUACAGAUUUAUCUGUAGGUAAGUAUUAUUUUAUCAAAUGUUAAAAAUGAAUUUAAUUUGGAUGUGGCGCUCAGUUAAAUAACAUUCGAAAAAAAUCCAUUUUCGCCGAUAGAAA